GUGUGAAAAUUUCAAAGCUGUUAGAUUUAAAGUUGCUGAACUGAAAAAUGAGCUGUCUUGCAGAGGCGGUUCGUAACGCAUUGCUCGAUGAAGACGAUGACCCAGACAACUGUGCUUUUGCUGAUGCAAAUAAUAUCGGUCAACUGUCUGAAAGCUAAAUUGCUAGAAAAUUUCUCUAACCUGAAGGCUAAAUUAAUAAAAAAUUCUGCAAAGAUGAAAGAAAAUUCCCCCAACCUGUAAACGAAAUUGCUGGAAAAUUCUGCAAAAUUGGAAAAAAACUCUGCCACACUCACUAAUUAAGAAACAGAGCUUGGAGAAAAGAUAAGAGAGAAUUCUUUCAGGUUAGAAGAAAAGAUUUUGGAAAAAAAGAAGGAAUUAAAAGAGGAAAUUCUGGAAAAAAUAUUCUUCACUGUAAAAAAAGAUUCUUUCAUUGGACAGGAUUCGCGAUAUUUAAAAUAAAAUUGCAACAUUGGACGUUAACACUAUCGAUGAGCUGCCCUGUAGUUGUUCAGCAGUGGACCAGAAGAGCGAAGUUUGAGCCAACACAGAAUCCGUUGGCCCGAAGCGCCUCAAACAAACUGACUCAAUUUGAUGGUACUACAUCCUGGAAUGUUUAUCAGUGUUAGUUUAAAGUGGCUGCAAAAGCAAAUGGCUUUUCAUCCAGGGAGAAGACCACUGCCCUUACAUUGGUCUUGAGAAGAGAUGCUACUGCCAUUCUACAAAGAAUGUCGCCAGAAGAAUGACCAAAGUGUACGACCAUCUAGUGAAGCAUUUCGAGUUGCAUUAUAGUCAGUUAAGGAGGUAAUUGGAGGACGUAGCUAUCAGGAUCAAAAGUUGGAGUGUUGGAAACGUGACAAGGCAGGUCACGUAAAAAGACACCCUUCAGAAGGCGCUAGAAACGAUCGUCAAACUGUCUUCAGCAAGCUAUAGCAAGAAAAUCCUGUUCGGAGGAGUUCAAGCUUUGUCAGCGGGCAGAGGAGAAAGAUGAUAAGUUAUUAAGACCCACCAUUGUCGAUGAUACCUCGUAAAAUGGGGAUCCUAUAAAAGAACAAUAUCCAGGUAGUGGAUAACCUGGAUAAAGGAAUGGAGGAAGCCAAGUAUUCGCCCAAUAUAAAGUCAUAUUGGGCACAAUGACUCAUUAAUAUUGGAAAAUGAUUGAUUCUUAAUGCGGAAAAUGUUUGGUCAUGAUUGCAAAGAGGAACAACAAAGGCAAACGUUGGGCCUAAAUGUCAUAUUUCAGAGUUGCUACAAAAAAUCCAUGCCGGUGUAUCAUGAAGACGCUUUGGAAUAUUAAAGAUCCCAGGAAAAAAUGAGGGAAAGAUUUUACCGGGUCAAUAGCACGGAAAACUGCAACUGCAGUCCAUGGUGCAGAAAAUGCGUUGUAUGUGUGGCAAGUCAUAGGCCGCAGAGAAAGCAAAAGGCUUUAAUGCGUCAGUUUAAUAUGGGAAGUCCUUUUAACAGGAUUGCUAUUGACGUUGCUGGUCCGUUUCUCGAAUCAGAAGAGCGGAAUAAGUACAUCUUGGUCGUAAAGGAUUACCUUAACAAAUGGGUUUAGGUAUACCCUCUACCAAACUAGGAAGCCUCUACUAUCGCCGACGCCUUAAUAUCUGCCGAUUUGGUGUAUCUUUGAAGCUACAUUAAGACCAAGGACGAAAUUUUAAAUGAACUAAUUGAUUUGACUACGUCACAAAAUAUUGCUGCUGAAGCUAGGCUAUAAAACUAGAAAUGACAGUCAUAUUUUGGAUUUUUUUUUGGGCAAUUCUGGCGUUAUGUCUGCCAGUGGGCAUUCUCGCAGCAUCCUGUUGUACCACUCGAAAUAACAGAAAUGAGCCAUACACUGCUAGAUUAAAAAACAGUCUGGGACGUUUAUUGUACGUUCUUAUUUUUUUAAUGCUAUGCCCUCUUCUACUUAUUCUAGCAAGCAAUGAACAGAUAUCACGGUCUAUCAUCAAAAGUCCCACAUCAGUUUCGAUAUUUUAUGAGGACAUUAACACUCUUAUAAAAAAUUCGCAUAUGCAAAUAUCAUUUGCUACUACAUCGUCUCUGGAUAUUACUGUAGAAACUAUAAGAAAUGAGUUAGAAAAUAUAAAAAUUCAUUUGGGAAUUCCGUAUCAUCAAGAACUCUCAAAUGAGCUAGGGUUGGCUGACGCUAUCAACUGCCUUGAAGUAUUAAAAAAAGAGAGUUUAAAGGUUAAUCAAAUCCUUACUGACUUGAUAUCAGAUUGCCAGGAUGCUAAGUCUACAGAAAAAAUUGCUCAAAAUAAAAUUGAUGACGUGACACGUCAACUGGUCCUAAUUCAACAACAAUGCAAUUUAAAAGAACGACCGUUAUGUUUUACAGUGCAGCUUUCAGGAUUUGAUAUUAUGUUUCCUUUUAAUAAUAUAACUGAUGAUUCAAGGUUGCAUGACUUUCAACAACUAAACAAAGAAGGUUCCUUCGGGAUGGCUGUAGAUGUUGCAAGAGCCACAUAUUCUAAUAUUCCAGAAAAAGUGGUUCAGGAUUCCAAUCUUUACGUUGCAGACAUAAAUUCCAUAUUGAAGCAAAAACGAAGUAAUGUAUUCAGAUCUACUCAUGAUCUGGAUAUAUUGGCGCGAAAUAUAUCUAAUAAAGUUAGUGACAAUCAGGAGUAUAUAGUUCCAUUACUGAAGAAGAUUUCUGAAUUGGAUGUUUGGAGAUGGUUAACUGUUCUUGUGAUAUCAGCAAUCGUCUUUCUAACUCUCGGAAUAAUGUUUUGUGCUGCUCCCUGCGGAUGCGGGGUUACGUCAAAAACGAUUCCCCUUCUGUUACUAGGCAUCACCCUUUCCUGCCUUCUUCUGCUGUUUAUAUGGGCAUUGGGUACCGCUUCUUUACUCAUGGGAGGACAUGGGCAAAGUAUAAUUUGUAAUUCUUUAUACGACCAUCCACGAUACAAAAUUCUAGGGGAAUUUUUGGAUCAGGAUGGAAUAUUUCAGUAUUUUUCCAAUGAAAAUGAUUCAAUUUAUACUACAAAUGUGUUAAAGGGAUGCCAAAGAGAUCAAACUGUUUAUUCGACUUUUCAUUUAAAUAACAAACUCCCUCUGGAGAAGACUUUUAAUUAUAAGAAAUGGGAUGAUCUACUAACGGCUUUUGAUGAUUUUGCCACAGCUAGAAAUAAAAUUGAAAUAUUAAGCCCUGGAUUGCAGGUACAAUUACAGAAGUUGUCUUCACUAACUGCAGUCAACUUUACUACCUAUAGACAUCAAAUGACUGCUGCCUUCACCAAAAAGGAUCUAAAAUCAUUGGCAGAUCAACUAAGUAGCAUUGCUAGGCAACUCGAUAAUCCGGUUAUCAGUAGGAAGUUGGAUAACUUAGCAUUCUUAGUCCGACAAAUACUACAAAACGAAAUCCAAAUGCUAAACGAACUAAGAGGAAAAAUUUUGUAUAAAAUUACUACGUUGGAAGUACUUCUGCCCCCAUUAAAUAAAAAGUUCAUCGAUUCCCUAACGCAUCUUAAGUCCAUUCAAUUUUUCUUGGACAACGAUGAAGCUGUGGUUAUAUCAGAGCGAAAAAAAAGACAAUUCAUUUCAACGCUUGAAUACUACUUAAAAGAUCUUUAUGAUUAUAAUGUAAAGAAGUUGACAAAAGAGAUAGGAAAAUGCCGGCCAUUAUGGGAUAUUUUCCAUUUGACACGUUUUCAAUUUUGCAAACUUUUUAUUGAUCCUAUGAAUGCCAUCGCCUUCUCGUGUUACUUCUUUAUAUUGGUUUCUCUACCAACCGCACCCGUAGCAGUAAAACUGGUCAGUAUUUACAGGGAGAAUAUGGGAAAUAGAGGAUUCUUUUCUUCGUUCUCUUCUCGUCGCAGCGAGUCUCAAGAAAAUUUGGUUCUUCGAGAAGAACAUAUUUGGACUUCGCCAUCUUCAAGCUCGUCAUCUGAAGAAAUAGAACAUCCACAACCUCAGCCCUACGUCCCUUCAGCAUGGAAUGUACGUACAGCACGAAGAGGUCGCGAGUCACUGAAGGCUAUUGAACCCCUACAAUGGAAAAUAGGGUCUGUUACUCCUAGAAGUUGGAUCUAAUUUGCCCUAGACAAUAGAGAGUGGAAUUGGAUAUGCAUAGUUAUAAUACUAAAUAAUUUUAUUAAGAAUUGGCAAAUUGAGAAUUUAAGAUAUUAUGUAACGAUUAGGAAUAAAAAGGUUUAGUCGGGGUAA